AUGGCAGCAGAAAAUCUUUCCACAGUGACUGCGUUUAUCCUCACUGGGCUAACACAACAGCCAGAACUCCAGCUGCCCCUUUUCUUUCUCUUCCUAGGAGUCUAUGUGGUCACAGUGGUGGGGAACUUGGUCAUGAUCACACUGAUAGGGCUCAGUGCUCACCUACACACCCCCAUGUACUACUUCCUCAGUAAUUUGUCCUUCAUUGAUCUCUGCCAUUCCACUGUCAUUACCCCCAAAAUGCUAGUGAACUUUGACAGAGAUGAACACAUCUCCUACUCUGAAUGCAUAACUCAGCUCUAUUUCUUCCUUGUUUUUGCUAUCUCAGAAUGUUACAUGUUAGCUGCAAUGGCAUACGAUCGCUAUGUUGCCAUCUGUAGCCCCCUGCUUUAUAAUAUCAACAUGUCCCAUCAGGCUUGUUUCUCCCUGAUUUGGGGAGUGUAUAUUAUAGCCCUGGUUUGUGCAUUUGUUCAUACAGGCUGCUUGUUUAGGGUUCACUUCUGCAAAUUCGCUGUGAUCAACCAUUAUUUCUGUGAUCUUCUUUCCCUCUUAAAGCUCUCCUGUUCUAGCACCCACGUCAAUGAAUUACUGAUUCUAGUCUUUAGUGCAAUUAAUAUCCUCGCCAGCCUCAUGAUUCUUAGCUCCUACAUCUUCAUCAUGGCCAGCAUCCUCCGCAUCCGCUCCACCGAGGGCAGGUGCAAAGCCUUCAGCACCUGCAGCUCCCACAUCUCCGCUGCUGCUGUUUUCUUUGGAUCCGCUGCGUUCAUGUACCUGCAGCCAUCAUCUGUGAGCUCCCUAGACCGAGGAAAAGUGUCUUCUGUGUUUUAUACUAUUGUUGUGCCUAUGUUGAAUCCCCUGAUCUACAGCCUGAGGAAUAAAGAUGUCAAUGUCGCACUGAAGAAAAUGCUAGAGAGAAGAAUAUUCUUGUGA